UGUUGCUUAGAUACCGAUGUCCGCUCUCCAUAUUAUAUUUGGGGUCGCCUUUACUCGGUAGGUCUUUUGCACGGAAGUUCCACAUUAGUAAGUGAGUUCGCCUUUUCGCGCAGAAUUCGACAAACAAGCCAAGAUGAUAAAAGGAAUUCCACAACAGACCAACAAAGGAAAAGAAAAACAGAAGGUUGAAGCACCUCCUGUAGCUGGGGCCUUCAAACAGAGACCAAGCAAGCCAACAGCAUUCAGGAAGUUCUAUGAAAGAGGAGACUUUCCCAUUGCACUAGAACAUGACACAAAGGGCAAUAAAAUUGCUUGGAAGGUGGAGAUAGAGAAGUUAGACUACCACCACUACCUGCCGCUGUUCUUUGAUGGUCUGUGUGAGAUCAAACACCCAUAUGAGUUCUUUGCAAGACAGGGUGUCCAUGACAUGAUGGAGCAUGGUGGCUCUAAGAUUCUACCUGUCAUUCCUCAGCUAAUCAUCCCUAUGAAAAAUUCCUUGAAUAUGCGUACACCCAUUGUUCUGUGUACUACCCUGAAAGUGCUGCAGCAUCUAGUGGUUUCAGCUGAUAUGGUGGGAGAAGCCCUCGUCCCAUACUACCGCCAGAUCCUUCCCAUUCUCAACAUCUUCAAACGGAUGAACUUGAAUUCUGGUGAUGGAAUAGAUUACGGCCAGCAAAAACGAGAAAAUGUUGGAGACUUAAUACAAGAAACAUUGGAGGCCUUUGAGCGUCAUGGUGGAGAGGAUGCGUUUAUCAAUAUCAAGUACAUGGUUCCAACAUACGAGUCCUGUAUGCUCAACUAGCAGCCAUACAUAAGCAUUGAACACUUUAAGUGAGGAUUACAUUAACCAUUGCAACCAUUGUACAGUGACAAGAUGAUAUUUUGUGAUAAAGAAACACUUUGGCCAAACCCUGGAUAUUUUUCACUGUUGCAAAGUGAAGAUAUAUCCAUCCAUCAGUAUUUCUAAUAUUUUCAUUGUUUAGCUCAUAGUACUACUUAUUAAUCAUUCUAAGAGCCAUUUUAGAAAUUUUCACUGUUUGAUUUUAAAGCAGCAAAUUCAUUUAA